AUGAGACUAAGUCUCAGAAAGUAGAUAAGACUGCUAAAGGAAGGCGCUGCCAAAAAGUAGAAGGCAACAAAGAAAAGAAAGAGAUCUGAGUCUUCUAUCAGCUAUGCUAGUGAUACUGAAGAUUAUCCAGUUGAUAUGAUCAAGCACCAGUAGCCAACUCUAUCAUAGUGUAUGCUACGGUAGCUCCCAUCUAAAUCAAUGAGAAUAGAAAAAUAAUAAGAUGUUCGUAUGGAUAUAUGGGAAAAUGAUAUGAAGGAGUAUAGAGAAGAGAAAUCUCUCAUUAAAUAACGCAGAGGUCCUAAUAAGAGGAGUAAGACUGAUGCUGCUGAUCUCAUUCACAAAUUAGAUACUACUGCGGCUGAUACAGAUAUAUAGACUACAAUCACUGCUCCAGUUCCUUCAGACAUUAAGAUGAAUGAUGGUAUGUCUGCUGAUAUGAGUUCAGUGUCUUCAAAAUAAAAAGACGAAGUUAUUCGCUCUAAUGCUCUAGAGAUUGUAAACACAUCUACAGACAUGUCUGCUAUCCUUUCUAAUAACGUUCUUCUUGAUGCAUGCCAUCUGCUUAUAUGCGAAUCGCCGAGUAAUGUAUUUCCACCUAUAGAUGCACACAGCUUAUCGAAUGCAUCAACAAAUUACUUGGCCGUUGUCACUAGUGCACGCACUAUGACAACCCAAGAGAAUAGACAAGCUCUUAUAUAGAAGCUCUCCUUGUAUCUCGCCAAUAACUAUGACUUGCAUGCUGCUAAGUGGCUUGAUUACUGCUGGAAGUACAGCUCAUAUCAUAAGAUAAAAAUAUGUAAGUAUUUCAAAUCAUCUGGACUUUGUAUAAUGUGCGUAUCGUUCUCUAAUAAGGAUGAGAGAGUAGUCGUGUAUGCUGGUAUCUAAAAUACGAUAAAGGCCAGUACAACCAACCAUCUCGCUGUAUGGUCUACAAGAUUUAAUAGACUUACUGGCUAGUAAAGAGAGCCAAGAGACAAUAAAGAAGACUCAGGCACAACUCAAGCAGACUUUCAUCUCUCAAUGGGUGGAGAUGAUGAUAUCACUUAGAGUGAUGAUGAUAGGUUCACUAUGAUACUUGAUAGUAUCGAUAUCAAGCCUAACAAUAAGUAGUUCGCUCUCGCUUAAUAAGCGUUACUGAACUCUGCAGUGUCACACGAGGGUGAGGACAUGAUAUCAUAUAAUCCUGGUUUUGACUUUGUACCAAUUGAUAAUGCCCUCGUUAUUGUGGAUGAAGCAGACUACUUCAUGUUUGAGGAUCCCCCCAAGUUCAAGCUGUUUGUGUAGAACUCUCCCCUUAUAUGUUUCACUGCUACUCCUGCUAAUAGCACUGUGGAGGAAAAGGUUGCUGCGGAAUUGAAAUUCGAGUAAUACUACUACUACUCGCUCAAUGAUGCUGCAAUCAUUGAUAAAUCAGGUGCACUAAAAGUUGAUGUGAACUCCAAAGCAAAAGCAAUGGAAGAGAAAGCUACUCACAUCAGAGAGCUUGCCAAGUUAUCACCAGUGCUAGUUUGCUGUAAUCAAGAACUCACUAAAGCAAUCAUUGAUGCUGGUACUGCCCCUGUUAUGAUUGAAGCAGGAGUUGACUAUGAAUGCCCUCGCCAACUAGACAAGUUGAAUGCUGUCACUGAGCAUUAUACCAUCAUUGUUUCAGAGAAGAUACUUGGUAUGCGUGGCUUCGACGACAGAUCAGAGUCUAUCCCUAAGACUCUUGUACUUGCUAAGAGCUUUGUGAACAGGAGAGUUGCUACUCAAGGCUUUGAUAGAGUGGGAAGAUUCGGAGACAAAUGCAGCUGA